AUGUGGCUAGGAUAUGGUAGAUGGUCACAAUCACCGCUGAAACCGGUUGUUACAAUGAAGUGUCCACAUUGUCUACAAGUAUUCGACAGCUUUUCGGUACUUCAACUACAUUUGUUAACGCAUCGACCUAUGAUAACCAAUCCGACAACCUCUACAGCAUCUGCUAAGACUGUAACUGUGUCGAAGGCAUCAUCGUCUCCAAUACCCAACAGUAAAUCACCGCAAAAUUGUAGAUGUCAAAUAUGCGGCAAAAAUUUCUCUCGACAUUGGCUUCUACAGGGACAUAUUCGGACUCACACUGGUGAAAAACCUUUCAAAUGUCAUGUAUGCGCAAAGGCGUUUGCCGAUAAAAGUAAUUUACGUGCUCAUAUACAAACACAUAGCGGCAUAAAACCGUUUGCUUGCGAUCGUUGCGGUAAAAGAUUUGCGUUGAAAAGUUACCUGUCAAAACAUGAAGAAUCUACGUGUAUGCGUUCCAUUGUCAAAAAUCGCCAACUGCUAGUUCUCUGA